GACGUCGUGGACGACGGGCUCCGGCAGCGGGUCCUCGAAGGCCCCGUUCUCCAGGGGCACCACCGUCGUCCUGCGCGACGUGCCCAUCGUCUACACGCGGAGGAAGUUGCUAGAGGUCUUGGACGCGGAGGGCUUCCAGGGGAAGUACGACUUCGUUUUCCUCCCGAUUGACUGCCCCUCGUUCUAUCGCGGACAACAUAGGCAUCGCGCACAUUAA